AUGGCAGGAUUAUUGGUUUUAAUUGAAUUAUCGCAAGAAAUUCGGGAUGAGCAAAGGAAUACAUUGAGAGUUUUGAGGCGCACAUUACGCGAUGGCCAAAAUCCAUUCGAGGUGACGACUGAGGAGCACUUUGUGGAUUUAUAUCGGAUUCCAAAAGUAUUGUGCUUGGAAUUAAUCAACGAAUUAAUUCCAUUUUUGCCAAAUUCGAGCCGCAAACAUUCUAUUUCAAGUCAGAUAAUGGUAUUAAGUGCUCUACGUUUUUUUGCAAGUGGUAGCUUCCAAAGAAGUGUGGGGCAAGAUAGUUUAUCUGCGUUGUCUCAAACGUCGGUAAGUAGAUGUGUGUGUGCGGUUGCUACAGCAGUAAAUAAAAUAGCACAUAAGUACAUCAAAUUUCCAAAGCGUGAUGAGUUCCCGUCGAUUAAAUUGAAAUUUAUGGAGAAGUUUCAAUUCCCUGGAGUAAUUGGACUAAUAGACGGCACGCACAUUAAAAUUUCUGCUCCAAAAAAUGAAAUAGAACACGUGUACUAUUGCCGAAAGGGUGGACAUUCAAAAAAUGUAAUGAUUAUUUGCGAUGCCGAUUAUCGCAUUCUUGCCGCAAAUGCUCAAUUUGGUGGAACUGCACAUGACGCGUUUGUAUGGCGUCGGUCUCGUGCUAGCAACUUCCUAGAAGAACUUUACGAAACAGUUGCAAGAAGACAACGUUUGCAAAUUGUGCAAAAUGUAUUUUCUACUACUACUACUACUAGCAUCGAAAACUAA